UGUAGUUAGGCUCUGAAAGCAAGAAGUUUGCAGAGGAAGAUGAAAGUUGGCGUCUGGUUGAUCAUCAGCACAUUGUGGUUGCUUUUGCAAUUCGCAAGCUCCCAGUUUGCAAACAUGGCCUAUCAAAGCGACUAUCACAUCACAUUCCCGGAACGCGUGGAUGGCAGGCGGGGAAAAAGGGAUUUGUCAACAUCUGAAAAGGGAGUUCACGUGGAUGACGCCUCCUAUCGACUGAAUACCCCUGACAAGGACUGGACCCUAGAUAUAAAACGAAAUAAAGAUCUUAUUUCUCCAUCAUUUGUCGUUCGCACAUUUGCUAGUGAUGGUUCAGAAGUUAUUCAAGAGGGAGGUCCUGAUCAUUGUCAUUAUCAAGGGUCCAUCCGAGGCCUAGCAGAUUCAACCGUUGUGUUAAACACUUGUUCAGGACUGAGGGGGCUCGUAGAUGAUGGCAAAGAUACAUUUUAUAUUACACCUGAGUCUGGAGGAGAAGAAACUGGCGCCCACAAAAUAUUCCAAGCAAAUGAAGACGAAGCCAAACACAUCCUGGAUAACUGCGGAAACAAAGAAACUCAUGCAGAUUUGCAUCAAUCAGUGGAAAAGUCAGGUGUUAUGUCUCGGAUAAGACGAAGCAUAUCGGGCCACGUUGAUGAAUUCUACAAACCAUUUUUGACAACAGAUGAGACGAGAUACAAUGAGCUGUUAUUGGUUGUAGAUUUUGGAAUGUACUUGAAACACAACAAUGACACCAAAGUAAUCACGGACCGAGUGAUAACACUGGCAAACGCUGUUGAUGCCAUUUAUCAGCGGAUAAAUAUCAGGGUAGUCUUGAAAGCGUUGGAAAUUUGGACGAAUGGCGAUCCUUUUGAGCGUCAAAAGAAAGGAGGACCUGACCUUGGUCGCUUUACUUCAUAUCGAAACGACCAUUUAAUAAAAAAAUUUCCUCAUGACAACGCACAGUUACUGAGCGAGUGGCGUUGGUCUGACUGUGCUGGCAUGGCGUUCCUAUUUGGGAUGUGUGGCUCUGUAUCAACCGGUGUUAAUAAUUGGGAUUAUGGAAGCAUCAUUGGCCCUUAUGUAAUACUGGCACAUGAAAUGGGUCACAACUUUGGAUUCAGCCAUGACGAAGGAAGCUGCAAGUGUUUGACCCCAAGAGGCUGCAUCAUGGGCGGUCACAAGGCCAGAGUUCCAGGAUUUUCUAACUGUAGUAUGACUUCACUUCAAAGACUCAAUGAUUGGUGCUUAUAUAACGUGCCAACACACAAGUCUUAUAACAGUUAUUGUGGGAAUGGAAUCCGUGAAGAAGGAGAAGAAUGUGACUGUGGCACUCCUGAGAUGUGUCAGAUCAAGGAUUCUUGUUGUGAGCCUCACAACUGUGUUCUUAAAAAGGAAUCGCAGUGCAGUGACCUACACCAUUCAUGCUGCGAGAACUGCCUGUACAAGAAACAAGGAUCGUUGUGUCGUGGAGUCAAAACAGAUUGUGAUGUUCCGGAAUACUGCACUGGUAAUUCUCGGGAUUGUCCAGGAGAUUCAUACAUAAUCGAUGGAUACCCUUGCAAUCAAACUAAAACAAUUAUACAAGGAAACACCAACUAUUUUAGUGUGAACCACAGAACCCUGAAUCCAAGAGUCAGCGCUCGAUAUCUUCGUAUCAAUCCUCAGUACUGGAAUGGCUGGCCUUGUCUAAGAACGGAGUUUCUGGGGUGUUCAGCGGGUGAAGUUAGUCCAACUGCCGCAACUCCUCUUAAGUCAUACGGUCUGGAUCUUUGUCUCACUCCAUCAAACCAGUCUUGCUCGCCAAAUGACAACGACCGCUUAAUAUACAGACCUGGAGGUCUGUGCUCAGAAAGUCAUUUCCAAUUUACACUUGAUGCAGACGGGGUGUUACGUCAUAAUUGCAGUGGUAAAAUGGUGUGUCCCGAGAAUGGCGGCACUGGUAAUGGUGUGAAGAUUGUUGUUAGCAGUACGUGCAAAACAGAAGAUUCGAAAUUUAAGCGGACAUCAGGACGGUCUCUGAAGCAUCUAAAUACCGGGAAAUGCGUCCAUACAUAUGGAGCUUGGCCUGGCGUCGACAGACACAUGGUAUUGUGGUCAGGAUGCGAUGAACGACGGCUGGAACUAUGGUUUGCAAAGCAAGAGUGUGUGGACCCUCUCGGAAUGCAGAGCGGUGAUAUUAAAGACAGCCAGAUCACUGCGUCUUCAUCCAGACCAGCAGAUCUCCCGCAUUAUGGCAGGCUGCAUAACGGAAAGUACUGGUGUGCCAAAGAGAAAAACAAAAACGAGUACAUACAGAUUGACUUUGGACAGGUACGAACGGUGAGCAAAAUUUUGAUACAGGGACGUGGAAACUGGUACGACUGGGUGACUGGCUUCUACUUGUUCCUCAGCAAUGAUGGUCAGCGGUGGACUGGUUAUUCAGAGAGUGGAGACAAACAACAUUCCAAUUCGCAUUGCUACCAAGGAAAAUGCAGCGAAAUUCACGAAACUCAGUGCAAAGACUUGUGGGGAGCAACCGCCAAUAAUGCCGACCAAGGAUGUUAUGACAAACUAAACACUGAAGCUGCUGGAUUUGGCACAUGUGAUCCAGUUACAAAUGCAUCAUGCGCUGCAAGUAACGUGUUAUGCGGUCAGCUUCAAUGUGAAGACAGCAGAGAUAAACCUGUUGUUGACUACGGAUGGACAUACACCAAGAUAAGUUUAGAUAAUGGGAAACAAUGCAGUGCUGCAACCUUAAAAUCUAUAGAUGACCUCGGUGAGGGAAUGGUUAGAGAAGGGACAAAAUGUGGAGAUGAUAAGAUGUGUAUAAAUUACAAGUGUCAGUCAUUUGAUUCUCUCGACAUUGGCAAUUGUCCGGUGGCAAAUAACAAGGAGUGUGGGGGAAGAGGAGUUUGCACUAACAAAAAGUUGUGUCAUUGUGAGGGAGGAUUUGAUUCUAAAGACGGUUGCGCAUCGGCUCUGGUACCUCGAGAUGGAGCCUGGGGUGAGUGGUCGUCAUGGACUGUGUGUGACAAGGGUUGUGAUGGUGGAAAGAGAAGAAGACAUCGGUUCUGUGACAAUCCGUUCCCCCUACAUGGAGGUGCUGACUGCCCCGGAGACCGACAUGAAAAACAGGAUUGUAAUACACAAAGCUGUCCGGUGGUGAUUUCAUGCCAUCACUUGCGUCAAGUGGGGGAUGAACAGAAUCAUUACUAUCCUGAUGGUGUCUACAAGAUUUACCCCACGGGCUCUCAGCCAAUCAUGGCGUACUGUGAUAUGUCGCGUGAUGGUGGAGGAUGGACACUAUUGGUUACCAGUCAUACUAACACCUGGACGGCACAGAAUGUUAAAUUGCGAAAUGCGAACUCUCCAAAGUUGACUGAUGAUCACUCCAUUCUGCAGUAUGCAGACAGUAUUAAGGAUAAUAUUAACGUGGCAGGUUCUACGUUUGAGUAUCGAUUAGAGGCUCAAAGCCAAGAUCGCUGGGGAGGUAUCUGGGAGGCGCCCAGAGGUUUUACGUUCACAGCUGACAACAACAAACAGACGAAUAUUCAGCUGGUUAAGAAGUUUGACAAUUGGGAAUAUUCAGACAGUGGGAUUGAACAAAGAAUGCCAUGGAUUUCUGAUGCCAGGUUAACUACAUCCCAUCAUGCCUAUCGCAGCUGGUGGGGAACAAUAACAGGAGACGCUAAGGAAUACCACCCUGCACCUUGGAUUGCUGGUCACCUUAUGGAGAGUCAGCCAUCAUAUAUCUGGUACUGGAUGAGAGAGGGACUUUUUAAUAUGCCUGGCUCCUGUAAAGAAGUGUUCUUCAGAGGAUUGCUGACUAACCCUGUCUCAGAUGGAGUUUUCGCAAUUAAACCUCCUGGACAGCAAAAAGUUAAAACGUAUUGUGAUUUCACGACCGAAGGAGGACCCUGGACACUACUUGUGACAAGCAAGACCCACAGUGGGUGGAAUAAAGACAACAUGAAAAAAAGAAACUCAGACAAACCUUCUCUACAAGAUGACUAUUCCAUACUGGGGCUUGCAGACGCCAUAAAGGACUCUGACAAAGCUCAGGAAUUCUUUCAAUACCGAAUUGAGGCAGACGGCAAAACCCGUUGGGGAGGGAUCUGGGAAGCGCCACGUGACUAUACAUUCCUAUCUACGUGCGACAAACAAACCAAAGUAAAAAUCGUAAAGAAGUUCGAUUCGUGGGACGAGAACAGCAACUUGGGAAAGCGCAUGCCUAGACUGGGAUUAUCUAAAGAUCUGUUAUUAAGCAGUGCGUCAACUGUGGAUGAACCGUCAGGGUCCUUGGUGUAUAACAGUGGCGCCAGCUCCGCCUCGUAUCUGGAGCAAGAGAAGCCAAACCCGAGUGUUGUGAGAUACUGGAUGAGAGAAGGAGCGAGGUUAUCUUGCAACGAUUUGAAAUUACACGGAAUGAGAGCUGGUAACAAGUAUGGCGAGGAUAGUUUCCAACUGAUGAAAGUCAGAGAUACCCAGUACCUCCCGGUCUACUGCGAUAUGACAACUGCUAAAGGAGGUUUCACUCUUAUAGUGACGAGUGCUCACAACAAUUGGACUCGGGCACAGGUCCCACACAGAAAUGCCCUUUAUCCAGGACUGAAUCGAGAUUACUCCAUCUUAGAUUUAGCAGACAGUAUUAAAAGCCUGAACAACAAUGGCACAUUCCAGUACAUGAUGGAUGCUCAUUCUAGACGUCACUGGGGAGGGAUUUUUGAAGCUCCUAAGUCCUACAGCUUCAUGGCAUCGGAUUCUUCGCAAACCCACGUCAACCUAACGAGGAAGUUUGACAAUUGGGAGUAUUCUUGGUGGAAUUCAUUAAACAAGAGAAUGCCGUGGUUUGACGCCAAAGGAACUCACCACAUGGCUCUGCUGACCACAUCCGACAGCCCCACCUACUACCCGUCGGGUUCGAUCAUUUGGGGGGGCCCCGAUCGGUUUCCGUCUGAUUGGAUUUGGGCUGGGGGGAUGAGAAAUCCUGGGGUUAUCUGGUACUGGCUAAAUGAGGAUGACUGUGAUGAGGAUAGAAAACCAGUGGAUGGCGGACUAACUGAGUGGGGUGAAUGGGGGAGAUGUGACAAAUUAUGCGAACCUGGUAAGCAUCGAAGGUACAGAACAUGUACAAACCCCAGGCGACGUUGUGGUGGAAAACAGUGCGAUCCAAGCAUUCCUACACAAGACGAAGGGAACUGCUUUUAUUGCCCUGAAAGUGGAAUACGAAGCUACGGUGACUUCUGUGUGGCCCCAAACGAAGGAGGUUGUUCUCCUCCUGAUGGGAGUUAUCUUAUCUUUACGAAAAGGGAAGGCACAGCUUGUAAUGUGACCGAUCAGAUUUUUGUUCUUGACCAAGAUGGCGUUAUUCAUCACAAAUGCAGCAAGAAAGUAGUCUGUCCACAGGACAAUAACCCUACUUACUACAAAAAACUCAUGCUGAAGGAUAAAUGUGAUCUGAGUAUUUCUAAGCAUAUCAGGUUGGCGGCUCAUUAUAACCUGAAGAAUUUGAAGCACAAUUUUUGCGUUCACCCAAACGGUGGAUGGCCUGGGGAGGGAGUGCACUUGAAUUACUGGCCAGGAUGUGACGAGGAAAGGUUGAAACUCAACUUCUUUAAACUUGGUGCACCAUCGGCCUGAGUUCCAGUGGGGAGAAGAACUUAUUCGCUUAUUGGUAAAAAAAGGUGUAUUAGCAUAGCGAUAUGUUACAAUCUAGAUGAUGGAUAAUAAAGACUCAAGUUACAAAU